GGGUGGUGAAUUCUGGUCUGGAAGCAGAAAUAAAAACAAGCGUGAGAAAAGUGAUAAUUUUACAAGAAGUAGAGGGAAAAUGGGGGUUUUUCCGCACAUAUCUUGUCUCUUGAUAUCCCUGUUGUGUUUAGGGACUUUCACAGCCGAUGGACAAAGGAUUAAAGAUAAAAUGUUCAGCAAUAUUGCGGGGACGUUUUGUUUUCGCCGCAUGAAUGCCACACAUGUCACCGGAUGCAGCUCCACUUUCCGGGGCUCUCAGGGUGUGAUUCACAUCGUGAAGACGCAGGAGGACUUUGAAUUCUUUUUCAACAAUCCCGCAUCACCACCAUAUGCACCUGUGAUUCCGCCACAUCUCUUCACAAAAGAGAACAUCCUGAGGCUGAGAGAUAACGCGUCUCACGUCAUCUCCGGAAUCGUGCUCACGGGCUCUGUGAAGAACCUCAUGUCCUUCAGUCACGAGUCUCGGUGUCCAAAUCAAUUUGGCGGCCUUUCCAAAGACCAGACGUGCAGCGUGGACGAUCCUGUGAACUCCUGGAACCCCUUCGGGACGGGAAUGCUACAGGAAUUCUUUCCAUUUCCCAUCUAUCUGGUAUCAAGUGACAAAGAAGUGGCCAAGAUGACAGAGUGCUUUGAGAAGUUCAACAACUUUAACAUGGAACAGCAAAAUUUGAGAUCCUUGUGUAGUAUCGAGAUCAAUUCCUUCAUGUCGUCCGCCGUGAACUCGGAGAUUUGCAUGAGACGCGCCACAAUGCAAUAUAAUCUCGGACCGACAGUUUUCUGCGAUCCUCUGCAGGGUAGGAAUGUCUUCGCCACGCUCUUCCCUCGGGAGAUUGUGGAGCCUGAGCAGCGUCAAGUGGAUCCGGAAGAGAAAAUAAUUGUACUCUCUGCCAGAAUGGACACAGCUUCGCUGUUUGACAGUGAGGGAGCGGGCGCGAUGGGGUCUCUCGUACCCUUCACAGUUCUCAUGUCUACCGCUCAGGUUCUGGCCAAGUUACUGCGCCAGAAACGUGAUGCCAGCUCUCCUAAUGUCCUCUUCUUGCUCUUCAACGGUGAGGCAUUUGAUUACAUUGGAUCACAGCGUUUCAUUUACGAUCUUCAGGAGGGUAAAUUCCCCUCAAAAGCAUACUUGAGCAAACCUCUAGCACUGGACAACAUCAAAUUCUUGGUGGAUCUUGGCGUGCUAGACACAGUGCGUCUCCUGAAUCUCUUCCACGCCACAGAUUUCCCGCGUGCGUCAGAAUUUGGGCAGUUGAUGACGAAGUACAGCUCGAAAUUCGCCAUGAAUGUCUCAACGGUGAACAGGAUGCAAGGCAAUCUGCCGCCCACUUCGGCGCAAUCUUUCCUUCGUGAAGACAUCAACUUUCCCGCCGUAGUGCUCAACUCUCCACCCACAAAUCGUUUCUACCACUCAAUCUUCGACGAUGACAUCAAUAUCAACUACGUGUAUGGAAACACUUCGAGGAACUUCUUGACUCUGGAGGACUUGAACGCACCGUCAGCAGACUUCACCAAGGAUUCUAUUCAGCUUGGCAUAAGGAAUAUCUCUUCUAUAAUCGCUUUCAGCCUCUACGAGAUGAUCACUGGCGAGGAGUACAGGGAAAACCUCGGAGCGAGCGCUCUUUUCGUUGAUGAGUUCCUCUAUUGCUUCCUCAUCUCAUCCGAGUGUCCACUAAUGGAGGCCAUCCUGCCGGACGACGCUACUUUCCCGCCCUAUUCACCGCCCAGAUACAUCAGUGUCCAUCGCUAUCCGACACAGCAAUCCACGGUGAUGGCGUACAACACCUUCGGCCUGAUCGUGGGCCAGAAACUCGAAGGAGUGACGAAGGAGAACUGCUCCACGCCGCCCAGGAUGUGGUACCCGGGCAUUGAGAAGCAGGGCGAGUGCCAUCUCACCACGCAGAACAUCAGCAUGGCCAUGAGCCCGGCCUUCAAGAUUCCGCAGUACAACUGGACGUCUGGACGCUACUCCACGUGGACGGAAUCCUCCUGGAAGACCAUCUCGGCGAGGAUUUACCUGAGACCAUCAACGCACCACGAAGCUCUGACCCUGGCUGUCGGUGUAGUAGUCCUUGUGCUGUCCUUCGUGGUAGUUUAUCUCGUCAAUACCAAAUCCGACGUGCUGUUUGGCAUCAGUCCGUCCUCUGAAGUGAUCUCCAUUCCUGCUCGCUGUUAGGUCAUUUUUAUAUCUUCCUCUUCUCUGCUACCCAUGAAAGACUGGUUUGCGGUAUUUUAUCUGCGUGGCUGACGCGCUGUAUUCAUUCCC